CAGCUCAGGAUGGCUUAGGAUCGCUGGGCGGGCGGGCGGCAUAUAUAAGAGGCCGCGAGGAGCCUCAGUCACCAGCAUCAGCCGACACUUCACUCGUCCAACAUGAAGCUCCUUAUCUUCGCCUCCCUGGCCGCCGUUGCCCUCGCCAGCCCUCAGUUCAGGGGAUUCCAGAGGGCCUCUCCACCUCGCUCAGAUCUGAAACACAUUGCCAUCCUGAGCGACAACCGCUACGACCAAGGAGACGGAAACUUCGGCUACGACUUCGAGACAGAGCACGGCAUCAAGGUGGAGGCGCAGGGCAGACCUGGAUCCAAAGGACAGAGCAACAUUGGUGGCUUCUACAGAUUCGUCCUUGAUGACGGCACUAUUGCUGAGGUCCGCUAUGUUGCUGACGAGCUGGGUUACCGCGCUGAAUCCCCGCUGGUGCCCACCCCCCACCCCCUCCCAGAACACGCCAUCGAGCAGAUCCGCUUCGCCGAAUCUCAGAGCGGCAGGUCUUCCCCCAACAGAAGGUUUUAAUGAGUGUCUUCCUCCUCACCCUCACCACAGGACACCCUCAUGCAUCGGUCCAGUAGCUCGGGGCCCCACUCACGACAACCGAUCGCCUCAACUCCCGCUUUAGUAUUCAAUAAAUGAACGUCACUGUC